UGAAAGCAAUUAGAGUGACGAAGGUGAUGGGUGAUAGACAGAAUUUGGAGAAGACAGCUGGUGAAAUAAAGCCAGUCAAGCAAUACAAGAAGAGAAUUGCACUGUUCCCCAUCAUAACUGAAAUCCCAGAUGACUGAAAUCAGAUUUCCAAGGCUAGGAAUUUAAAGGGAAAGGGUAUCAAUCAUAAAGACCUUCAAAGAUUGAUCAGAGAAUCUUGUAAACGACUUACUACCCAUGAAGUGGAGAGUAUUCUUAUGGGAACUGAAGGAAUAGACAAAAUCGGUGUUGAAAAAUUCAUAAAAAUGAGUUACUCAAGAGGUUCUUCUACAUUAGACAAAAAGUCUAGCAAAAAGCUCAGCCAGAUGGAAAAGGCUCAAGUUAAUUGGAAGAUGAUGUAUGAAUUUUCUUGCUGAUUUUUCAACAAUUUCUAUAAAAAUACUCAAAUUCCACGUCUUGAAAAGCAAAGCUGACUAGUUAAUAUAAUCAUAGCUUCUAGCGAUCUCUUUCUAGAUAUUUUCUGAAUCAUUAUCGAGAGCAAGCAACAUGAGUUUAUUAUUUUCUAG